CAUUUUGACCCUAAUUGUGACCGAUCCUCUACUUCAUUGGCGCUUCUACAUCGCUCCAUACAAUCCAUUUCCUCAAGGAGGUUGAGCUUUGAGGCCUCCAUCGACAUCAGUAGGAAGUCCUCAGUCUUCUUCGUGGACUGGAAGGAGAGGACAUCACAAUGGGCUCCGCAGAAGACGAAGCUCUCCUAGCCGAAAUUGCUCGGCUGACCGGACAGAUCGAUCAAGCUAAAGCGCAUCCUACCUCUACCUCUACCUCUACAUCUCAUGCUGGCUCUCCUUACUAUCACCAACAAUCCUACUCUGGCUAUUAUGGUGGAUCAGGAAGCGGCAGCGGAAGUUAUCACGCGUCUGCAAGGGGAGGCUACGCAAGAGGAAGGGGAAGAGGAGCGCCCAGUGCUGGUGGACCUCCAAGCAAUGUCAGUCGACAUCGCAAGCUUGUACUGAACAAUGGAGACUCCAGCACCGCUUCUCCGUCUGCGUCAACAUCUGCUCCAAGCUCGGCCGUGAAUCCGAGCGGCAGUCAAAGUACUUCUACAUCUACUGGCGCGACUGCUGAGCGGGCGACGAGUGCGGCUGGUGCUGGCUCUUCCGGGUGGGUGAAGCGCAAGACGACGCAUAAUAUGAGCUUGGUCAGCGCUGAUACUUUCGAGAAGACCGAGCCGGCUCGAAUCGCCGCCCUACAAGCAAGUCAAGAAGCCAAAGCAGCAGCUCGGGCUGCCAAGCGUGCUUCCUCGUCUUCUUCCUCCAUACCCAACAAAAGUCUCUCGGCAGUGGGACGUAACAAACCAAAAGGUAGCUCAGCAGCUGUGAGAAGAGGAGACAACAUGGGUGAAGUGAUCAUUGAUGGAGUCGUCUUUGUCUUUGACGAGACGGGAACAAAGCUGGUAAAGAAGGUCCAGCAGCAGUCAGACUCGGAGUCUGCUUCGAAUGCCACAGGAGCAACUACCGCGACAGACCCGGCGGCUCCUGGCGAACAGGCCUCAGAGGGGGCUGGUGGCGCAAGUAAAGCGCCACUGAGGACCUCUGUCAAUGGACAGGCAUUCGUACGGACCAAGAGAGGCAACUUGAUCAGCGCCGAGCUACUAGAGAAGAGGAAGGCUCAGAAAGAGAGUGCAGCAAAGCUGAAGAGGAUGGCCGCUCUAGGUCGACAGAUCGGAGACAACGAGAGGAUAAGAUCAUCCGGAAAGAAAUCUCGCAACAAGACGCUGAGUAAGCCGGAUCAGGGACCGAAAGGGCUCUGUAGCUUCUUCACCAAGACAGGUCAAUGCAAGCGCGGUCUUUCCUGUCCCUACGCCCACGACCCCGCCAAGCUAGCCAUCUGUCCCGGCGCUCUCCGCCCCACAGGCUGCACUCAACCUCCCGGUCUCUGCCCCCUCUCCCACUCCCUAAGCUCUCCAGAACGAAUUCCUCAUUGCGUCCACUUUCUUCGCUCUGCUGGAAAGAGUUGCAGAAAUGGCGAGGAGUGUCGCUACCUCCAUCCUCCACCUGCGCUUACCGCCGAGGUGCUCAGUAAGGAAGAUUGUCCCGUAUGCAUGGACUUUGCGCGAUUGGGAUGGUGCGAGAGGGGAAAGGGCUGUACGGCGCGACAUACUUUUGAUUGUGCAGACUUCCUAGAGAAGGGAAGCUGUGAGAGAAAAGGGUGUAGGUUGCAGCACAAUGUCGUUGCAAGGGAGAAGAUGGUUUCUUCUACCGCGGCUGGCGCGGGGUUGACAGCAACAGGUGAGCAGCUGGCAGCACAAGGUAGCGCUGUUCGUAAUCCCGUAACGGGGGAGGAAGGAGCCAGCACAGAAGAGGUGGACCUCCCGUCUACUUCCUCCGGUCUCAUCUCAGCCAACCACGGCGCCGCUACGGGCAGCAAGAGGAAGCGAGGAGGUCGUGCUGGCGAGCCUGUCCCUCUCGUCGAGCCGCAAGAGGAGGAGGAAGGCGUCUCGUUUGUUGGAGGUGGGAAGAGGAAGAAGGCCUUUCAGCAGAAGGACUUCAUCUCUUUCGAUGAUGAUGAUGACGAUGAAGAGGAGGACGAAGAGGAGGGUGAAGACAAGGGACGUACAGGUGGUGAGACAGAGGAUCAAGGGGAUGUCAGUGAGGUCGAUUCUGUUUCAAGUGAAGACGACGACGAUGAGAGCUCCGAUGGGGAGAGCAAGAACGACGAAGAGGAUGAAGAUGCAGGUAGUGACACUAGCAGUGAUAGUGACAGCGAUGACUCCUCAAGUGAGGGCUCGAGCGAGUAAAAGAGGGUACGAAAGAAUAGAAGAACUUGUACAAGUCACAUUGCUUCUUCUACAAUGCAAUAGAAUCCCAUCGCCCUCCUCUGCUUUAGG